GCUUCAGCCACCUCUACAUCUCGCGCGCACCGUUCUGCUGCUGCGUCUAUCGUACCGCAUUCACCGCAUAUAAAUCUGAGAAUUGCUUUGUCGAUGAACGUCUCCUCUGCGCUCCCCUUUGUCAAAAGUGCUACCCGCGCGUCACCGCCAACAUGUCCCGGCGCCGUCCGCAACGUCCGCAACUACUCAUCGCUACCGCGCCCGUACCGCUUUCAUGUCGGUGCAAGCUGGGCUGGGAAGCCUCAUGACCCGCGCGGACCCCGCGUGAAGACCAGUCCGUUCCCGGCAGACAGUCCGAUAGGCAAGUGGAGAGACACAAUACUCUCGCGGCCAAACGCGCCUGCCGGAACGCAUAUUGGGGAGGAUUUCUUUUAUGUUCAAGAUAUGCGCGAGAAAUCAGGCGUAUCACUUGGUGUCGCGGACGGCGUGGGGGGAUGGACAGAGUCUGGAGUGGACCCGUCAUUAUUCUCCCAAGCACUCAUGUAUCACGCACAUCGCUACUCCAAGGUGGCAUGGCCCGGCGAGCCAGAGGUCGACCCGACACAGGAGUACGAAGAGCGUGAGCAGGUCGAAGGCUGGGAACUUACACCAUUAGAGUGCCUUGAGUCUGCCUACGGCGGCGUGCUACGAGAACGUAAUGUCCUUGCUGGUUCGAGUACCGCAUGCGUACUUACGCUCAACGCGUCAAAUGGGGUAUUGCGCGCAGCGAACUUGGGCGAUAGCGGAUUCUUGGUUAUACGCGCUUCCGCGGUCAUCUACACACAACGAUCCCAGACACAUUUCUUCAACUGCCCAAAACAACUGUCGAAGUUGCCUACAUCAGAAAAGCGCUUCUCUCGAGCUUGUGUCGAUCAUCCCAGCGACGCCGACUUAUGCGAGAUGAAGCUGCGCCACGGCGAUAUCGUCAUUGCAUAUACCGACGGGCUGUCGGACAACGUGUUCCCUGCAGAGAUGGUUACCAUAUGCUCUAUGGUCGCGCGGCAGUCCCAGAUGACAAAGCGCACACUCACAACGACUGGCGAGCAAGAGUCCGUCGAGGCAGUGGAAGAUACGGAGGCCCAGGCCAUGGCGGAACGUAUCGUGGAAUACGCUCGCAUGUGCAUGCACAAUCGGAAGCGCGUAAGUCCGUUCGAGCGUGCCGCUGCGCGAGAGGGCAUGUAUUUCCGUGGAGGAAAAGUGGACGACGUCACCGUCCUCGUUACCAUAGUGCAAGAGGCCUGAGGUGGCCGGGCCUUGUGCAUUCGUCCGCUGCCCAUCAUGGCGCAGCUUACUGUACCUGCAUCAUUCUCACCCAGCAUAUAGAGCACCCGCAUACUUGCAUUACUAACGUCUUGAUACCCUAA